GUAACUAGGGAACUGAACUGCCCGGCUCCUCUCCCAAUCUGUAUUUCUAGUCAAUGAAAAAGACAUCGGGUUUGAGGUUCCUUCCGAAACCGGGCUGGCUAAUUUAGCCCCUCCCACAAGCCCUAGGGUCUGUUAUAUCUCUGAACCGUGAGUACCUCUCUCACAGAAAGCCACCACAGCAAGCAGAGGCAGCAAAAACAAAAACACCCAAGACAAACGAGGGAAGAGGAAGAAAACAAAAAGCUGCCCCUUAUGGAAGAUAUAAAGGAUUCUAAGGUGAAGAGAUUUUGCUCCAAAAACAUUCUGAUCAUCCUUGGUUUCUCCUCUGUCUUGGCUGUGAUAGCUUUGAUUGCUGUGGGCCUGACCCAGAACAAACCAUUGCCAGAAAAUGUUAAGUAUGGGAUUGUGCUGGAUGCGGGGUCGUCUCACACCAACCUGUACAUCUACAAGUGGCCAGCUGAGAAGGAGAAUGAUACAGGGGUGGUGCAGCAGUUAGAGGAAUGCCAAGUGAAAGGUCCUGGAAUCUCAAAAUAUGCUCAGAAAACAGACGAAAUAGGUGCAUACCUGGCUGAAUGCAUGGAACUAUCCACUGAAUUGAUACCAACAUCCAAGCAGCCUCAGACACCUGUUUACCUGGGGGCCACGGCAGGCAUGCGCUUACUUAGAAUGGAAAGCGAACAAUCAGCAGACAAGGUCCUGGCUGCAGUGUCAAGAAGCCUUAAGGACUACCCCUUUGACUUCCAGGGUGCCAAGAUCAUCACCGGACAGGAGGAAGGUGCCUACGGAUGGAUCACUAUCAACUAUCUGCUGGGCAGAUUCACUCAGGAACAGAGUUGGCUAAACCUCAUCUCAGACAGCCAGAAACAGGAAACCUUUGGCGCUUUGGAUCUUGGCGGAGCCUCUACACAGAUCACCUUCGUGCCCCUAAACAGCACUAUAGAGUCCCCAGAAAAUUCUCUGCAGUUUCGUCUCUACGGCGAGGACUACACUGUGUACACACACAGCUUCCUGUGCUAUGGGAAGGAUCAGGCGCUCUGGCAGAAACUGGCCAAGGACAUUCAGGUUUCAAGUGCCCGGAUUCUUAAGGACCCAUGCUUUAACCCAGGAUAUGAGAAGGUUGUGAAUGUAAGCGAACUCUAUGGCACCCCCUGCACCAAGAGAUAUGAGAAGAAGCUACCGUUUGAUCAGAUUCAAGUCCAGGGUGCUGGAGACUACGAGCAGUGCCGCCAGAGCAUCCUUAAGCUCUUCGACACCAGCCACUGCCCUUACUCCCAGUGUGCCUUCAAUGGUGUCUUCUUGCCACCUCUCCAUGGGAGUUUUGGGGCAUUUUCUGCUUUCUACUUUGUGAUGGAUUUUUUUAAGAAGAUGGCAAAUGGCAGUGUCUCCUCUCAGGAGAAAAUGACUGAGAUAACAAAAAUUUUUUGCUCAAAACCUUGGGAGGAGGUAAAGGCAUCUUAUCCUACAGUAAAGGAGAAGUACCUGAGUGAAUACUGCUUCUCAGGUGCUUACAUCCUUUCCCUCCUUCUGCAAGGCUAUAACUUCACAGGCAGUUCCUGGGACCAGAUUCAUUUUAUGGGCAAGAUCAAAGACAGCAACGCAGGGUGGACUUUGGGCUACAUGCUGAACUUGACCAACAUGAUCCCAGCUGAACAGCCGUUAUCCCCGCCUCUCCCUCACUCCACCUACAUCAGCCUCAUGGUUCUCUUCUCCCUGGUCUUAGUCGCUGUGGCCAUCACAGGCCUGUUCAUCUGUAGCAAACCUUCAUAUUUCUGAAAAGAGGCAGUAUAGCAGGAGCAGCCAAAAUUUGCUGGCUGGAGAGAGAAAGCAGCCUGCACAGGGAGUGGGUUCCUCCCUGCAGGGGAGGCCUGAGUCACCCUCCCCUGCUUACCUGGGACAGUCUAGACCAGCAUGAAGCUUCUGAGGCUUCCUGAGGCUUUUCCUUGGGGACACUCAACACCCUCUUCCUCAAGGACUUCCUGGUGAUACUGUCUUGUCUUUUCCAGUUACCCUCUUUCUCCUUUGUCCUCUGUGCUUGGGAUCACAACUUUCAUGAUCUGUGCUUCAUAAAAGAACAGUCUCAACUUUGUCUCAGCGAACUAAGAGUCCUGAGUGCCACACUGCCCAAGCUGAGCUGGCUGAAAGACGAGACUCAGAAACUGUCUCAGCCAUAGCUCUGGGACACCUCCUCCCCGUAUCUCCUAAUAAAGCCAUGCAGUGCCUUUGGAGAGAGGAGACACAAACCCAUUCCAAGCCUGCCCUUUGGAUAGGAGAAAUUUUCUAAAGUAGAUAAAUAUGUGCUAAAGCCAAAGAGUCUUUGUAAAGGAGCUUAUGUGCUCGUGCAGCCAAUGUGACUCACCAUCUACUGAAAAUAAGAAUGGAAACACAUUGUAUGUUCCCGUGUGAUGCCAAAAUGCUACCAAGUAGAACACAAAGGCCAGAGAUUUUUGAAACAUGGAUGCAUACAUAGGCAUUCAGGGGAUAGCAUAUGGCAGUGCUAUACACAACUAGGAAGAAAGCUACAGUUACCACCCAGGACUGGGAAAAUAUAUCCUCUAAUACAUCUUCUA